AUGGAAGGAUAUUUAUCAAGUACUUCUCAAAAAAUAGAUAAAAAUGAAGAAAAUAAAAAAUAUCAUAAAGAGAUUCAAGAAAAACGUUUUGAAACUAAUGCCAUUUGUGUUGGACAAGAAGCUGAACAAUGGCCAGGUCACGCUGUUAUACCACCCAUAUCAAUGGCAACAACGUUUAAACAAUUAGAACCAGGCAAACCUGUUCUUUAUGAAUAUAGUCGAUGUGGAAAUCCAACACGACAAUGUUUAGAAGAAUGUUUAGCUUCACUUGAAAAAGCUAAAUACGCAUUAACAUUUUCAUCAGGUCUUGGUGCAACAACAACACUUAUGUUUAUGCUUAAAUCAGGUGAUCAUAUUGUAUCAAUUGAUGAUGUUUAUGGUGGAACUGGACGAUUGUUUAGACAGUGUAUGAGUCAAAUGGGUGUUGAAAGUUCAUUUAUUGAUAUGUCAACAGAUCCAUCUUCAAUUACUAAUCAUCUUAAAUCAACUACACGUCUUGUUUGGAUUGAAACUCCAACAAAUCCAUUACUUAAAUUAGCUGAUAUUGAACAUAUAUCUACUAUUGUUCAUAAAUAUAAUUCAAAAAUAAUGGUUCUUGUUGAUAAUACAUUUGCAACACCAUAUUAUCAACGUCCACUUGAACUUGGUGUUGAUCUUGUUUUACAUUCAUUAACUAAAUAUAUGAAUGGGCAUUCCGAUGUUAUUAUGGGUUGUUUAAUGAUGAAUGAUGAAGAACUUUAUAAACAAUUAAGUUUUCUUCAAUAUGCUAUUGGUGCUGUUCCAUCACCAUUCGAUUGUUAUCUUGUUAAUCGUGGUCUUAAAACAUUAGCUGUACGAAUGAAACAACAUAUGUCAUCAGCUUUACGUAUAGCUAAAUAUCUUGAACAACAUCAAUAUGUUGAACGUGUUAUUUAUCCAGCAUUAGAAUCACAUCCACAACAUGAUUUAUAUAAAAAACAAAUGUCUGGUUUUAGUGGAAUGAUAUCGAUUUAUCUUAAAGGUGAUGAAGUUGAUAAAAGUAAACGAUUUUUAAAACAUCUUAAAUUAUUUACAACAGCUGAAUCACUUGGAGGUUAUGAAUCUUUGAUUGAACUUCCUGCUAUAAUGACACAUGCAAGUGUACCUGAAGAAUAUCGUCGUCAAUUAGGUAUUACUGAUGGUCUUAUUCGAAUAUCUGUAGGACUUGAACAUACACAGGAUUUAAUUGAUGAUAUUGAAACUGCUCUUCAAUAUGCCUUUUCAACUACAAAUGAGGAAUGA